AUGCCGAUGGAGGAUCCGGCCUCGGUGGAAAGCACCUCCGACAAAUCGCCCAGGUUUUUCCAGCCGGUGGAGAAACUGGACAACGGAGUUGCAAUCAUCAGGAUCGACGGGCCCGAAAAGAUGAACACCAUCUCCGGCGACUUCCGGCAAGAGAUUGAGGACAUCUGGUCCGGACAGAUCGCCGAAGACCCGUCCGUCAAGGCCGUGGUUUUCAUCUCGGGCAAGCCCGACAACUACAUCGCUGGCGCCGACAUCCGGAUGAUCAGCGCCACCGAGGACAAGGCGGACCUCAAGCAGAUCUGUAUGGAUGGGCACGCGACCUUCGACAUCCUGGCAAAGAAGGGCAUCCCCGUGAUCGCAGCGAUCAAUGGGGCGUGCCUCGGCGGGGGAUUGGAGUGGGCCCUCCACUGCGACUACCGCCUGGCGACCACGAGCCCCAAGACUGUCCUGGGCCUGCCAGAGGUGAAGCUAGGCCUCCUGCCGGGGUGGGGAGGGACGCAGCUUCUUCACCCGCUGGUUGGGCUUCAGGCUGCCCUCGACAUGAUUCUUACUGGCAAAAACAUUCGGCCGCACAAGGCGCUGAAGAUGGGACUCGUAGACCAGCUGGUCGACGCGGCUUCGCUGGAGGCGGUGGCCGUGGAGGCUGCCGCGUCGCUCGCCGACGGCAGCUUGAAGUCCAAGCGGAAGCCGAAAGCACUGAUGAACAAGAUCAUCGAGGACACGCCCAUGGGGCGAUCGAUCAUGUGGAAGAAGGUGGGAGAGAAAGUAGCCAAGUCGACGGGCGGCAACUACCCGAACGCGACGGCCAUCGUGGACUGCAUCAAGUUCGGCCUGUCGUCGUCUAAGCAGGCUGCGCUCGAGUAUGAGGCGCAGCGCUUCUCGGAGAUGGCCGCCACGCCGGAGUCGGAGAGCCUGAUCGGUCUGUUCGAGGGGUCGACGGCUCUCAAGAAGAACCGCUUCGGCAAGCCGGCGAAGAAGGUCGAGAAGGUGGCGGUUCUCGGGGCGGGACUGAUGGGAGCGGGGAUCGCCCAGGUGUCGGCGGAGAAGGGAAUGACCGUUCUCCUCAAAGACAGGGAUUCGGCAUCCGUGGGAAAGGGGACGUCGUACAUCAUGGACAACGCGGCCGCCAAGCUCAAGAAGAGGCGCAUGACCAAGUACGAGAUGGACACGGUUGGGUCUCGGGUGAUCCCCCUGACGGACGAGGGCGACCUGUGGAAGCGUCACUUCGGUUCGGCGGAGAUGGUCAUCGAGGCCGUCCCGGAAAACCUUGACCUUAAACACAGAGUAAUCCAGCAGGCGGAGCAGUUCCUCCCGGAGGACUGCGUCUUCGCCACCAACACGUCCGCGCUGCCCAUCAGGGACAUCGCGAAGGCUUCCAAGCGACCGCAGAACGUGGUGGGCAUGCACUACUUCUCGCCCGUCCCCAUGAUGCCCUUGCUCGAGAUCAUCCCCCACGACGGCACCUCGGACGCGGCUGCCGCGGCCGCGGUUGACGUCGGAGGGCGGCAAGGGAAGACUUGCAUCGUUGUCAAGGAUGUGCCGGGGUUCUACGUCAACAGGUGCUUGGGCCCGUUCCUAGUGGAGACGUGCGCUUUGGUGGAGGCGGGGGUGGGGCUGGAACAGCUGGACAAGGUCAUGAAGUCCUACGGACUGCCUGUGGGGCCCAUCACUCUAGCGGACGAGGUGGGCAUCGACAUCGGCUUCCACGUGCAGAGCUUCUUGUCGGAGGCAGACAUGGGCGUGAGGAUGACGGGGGGAAACGUGGCCGUCAUGGGCGACAUGGUGGAGAAGGGGUUUCUCGGCCGUAAGUCCGGCAAGGGAUUCUACCUGUACCCUAAGGGGAAGAAGGGCAACAAGGGGGGCAAGGAGCUCAACCCAGAGGCGGUGUCUCUCAUCAAGGCGCACCAGGCGGCCGGCGGAGCGGGCGCGUCACUGGCAAACGAUGUCAUCCAGGACCGCAUGAUGUGCAGGUUCGUGAAUGAGGCGGCGCUGUGCCUGCAGGAAGGAAUCAUCUCGUCGCCCGUGGACGGCGACAUCGGCGCCGUCUUCGGCAUGGGCUUUCCCCCUUUCCGAGGAGGUCCUUUCCGUCUGCUGGAUCAGCGAGGUGCAGGCGCUUAUGCGGACAUGAUGAACCGUUUGGCCGACGAGCAUGGCGAGCAGUUCCGACCCUGCCAGCUCCUGAUGGACCACGCGCGAGGAGACAAGAAGUUCCACACUUGAAGAACCCGUCUCUCGCGGAAAUUCUGGAUGAAUCCCUAAUCCACAGUUCGGAUCAGGGGCCGAAGACUUGGGACCGCGCUGCUUGGUUGGAUGUGAUUAGUUGGGGCUUGACUGGUACGGGCUCCGUCCGCUGCUUCGGUAUUGGUCGCGAACGGCUUGUGCCAUGAAAGAGACCAAAAUCCGUUCGCAAAGGAUUCGAAAUGAUCGGGACAUAGCACAGGGGGAGAGUGGUCUCGGGUCCAUUGGCCGCAAGACUACGGCCGGGGAUUUCGCUGGUGGUAUUAUAGUUGUUUCGUGUACAGGGCGCAGGAACCGUGUACAGGGCGCAGGAAAUACGUAGCUUCCAGGCGAUAAUUUUGUCGUGUACAUUAUGUUGAGUGUGUGUGUGUGUUUCUGCCAUGGCAGGUUAGUGCUGUUGGUGUUGUGCCAUGAACAUUUGUUCAUAUAGAGCGAGCAGGGUUGAUGGAGUGGGGUGCUUACCUGGCGGCAAAGAUGCCAGAAGAAAGAACCCUAAAUUUUGGGAUAUGUGAACGCGACAUGUAACUCCGGUGAAGUUUUGGGCGGCAUAGACUCAAGUUUUCACCUCUGCGUACAAUUGUAGAAAGUCUGGCAAUGGAGUGUUGCCGAAUUUUGGUAAGAGACUUCGGAGCUGAAAACCGACAACAGGCGUGAAGGCACGCUCGACACCAGACACCAAAUGAAAGUCGAAAUUACGAAAUAUCCUUGGCGUUGCGUUCGCUGACCGUCAGAGUGCAGGAUUGGGUCGGUUGGGCUGGUGCAAGCGCUGUGAUAUCCUCCUGCCCUGUUUUGUUGGCGCAGACUUCCCAUCAACGGGACGCCCAUGUUCGUUGGAUGAAGGACUGGCCUGUACGUAGCAUAGAAGUAAGAUGCUUGAAAAAAUUCGCAGGACCAGUGAUUAUUCCGAGGCUUAAAAUGUGAGGGACGUUCCCCGAUUCGUCUGGAACCGACCUGUUGCAGAUGGGUCUCUUCUGUUCAAGAAUUCAAUGAAUAGACAUC